UUAAUUGAGUUUCGUUUUCGUUUCUAAUUAUUAUUUUUUUUUGUUUUAAUUUUUUUUUAAAUUAUUUUAUAAAGUGUAUUUGUGAAUUUUAUUCUUAAAAAAUAAUUUGAAUUUUGUUUAUCGUUAUUUUUGUUGUAUAAUUUUUAUCCUAUAGUUAAAUAUUACUCAAAAAAGUAAAGCAAAAUUAAUCUACCUAUUUAAUAUUAUUAUUUUUUGUCGAAGCUGAAACUGUUUGAAAGUGUAAUACAUUUAAUAAUUAAUUUACCUUAAUUUAUUUAAUAUUGAAAACUAAAAUCCAAAAUGAGUGAAAAUUCAGAAAAUAAGGAUACAAAAUCUUCGGGCUUAAAACCACCUACAAAAAUCCCUACAAUGGGAGUGUCAAGGAUACCUAGCUCAUCUUCCAUAAAACUUGAUGGUUUUCGUUCAACUGUCACGAAAUUGGACAGUGGAGGAUCAAAAAAAUUAGCAGAUAUGUCAUUUGCUGGGAAACAAAACGGUGUAAGCAAUGAGGGUCGUAAAUCAUCUAGCGGUUCUGAAUACUCCAUGGGUGAUGCACGUAGACUUAGUUGGUUACACGAGGCUGGUGUUAGACGUAGUUCAGGAAACAGUGUUAUUUUAACUGAAGACACGGAUAAUUUUAUUAUAGGAGAUCGAGUUUGGGUAGGUGGUACCAAACCUGGUAAUAUUGCUUAUAUAGGAGAAACAAACUUUGGAACUGGUGAUUGGGCUGGAGUAGUACUCGAUGAACCAAUUGGUAAAAACGAUGGAUCAGUAGGUGGCACAAAAUAUUUCCAGUGUCCACCUAAAAGAGGCAUAUUCUGUCGUUUGACUUAUCUUACAAUAGCUCCUCUGGGAUCUGCUGAAGAUUCAAUGGUUCAAAAUUCAUUUAUCAGCAGUAAACCUUUAGGAUUUUCAACGCCUAUGCCAAAAAGACAGAGUUCAACUGUUUCGAACUCAUCAGUUGCGCCUAAAACUGUUACAAAAAAUGUUGGUCAAACACCUACAUCAAAAAGUAGCAGUGAAUUAAAAAUUGGUGAUCGAGUUAUAAUCAGUAGUGGUCAAGGUUCUAAAUUAGGAGUUUUACGUUAUCGAGGUUUUACUCAAUUUGCUCCAGGUGAAUGGUGUGGUAUUGAAUUGGAUGAUCCCUUAGGGAAAAACAAUGGAAGCGUUGAUGGAAUUAAAUAUUUUGAAUGUGAAGAUAAAUUUGGUUUAUUUACUCCUAUUGCAAAAGUAUCAAAAUCACCAAUGUCAGCUAAUCGAAUGGCAGCUAACUGUGCCGUCCAUAAAACAAAACGUUCUCCUGGAUCUAUGAGCGGAUCAAUGAUAAGUGGUAUUACUACAACAACAAUGUCAUCGAUACCAACUCGGGUAAGGCUUGGAGUUGCUUCUUUACGCUACAAGCAAACAAAAUUGUCAGAAAUGGAUAAAUUAAAAACUCAGUUAACCCAAAUGAAAAAUGAGAAUGAUCAACUGCGAACACAAGUUACAAAAGCUGCAAAUCAAGCUGACACAGCUGAAAAAAAACUUGAAGAAACCCUAAAAACUCUAACAGGGAGAAUUCAAGAUCAUAGUAUGGCCACUGCACAAGAUCAGUUAAUUUCUUUAAUGAAGCAAAUAGAUGAAGAAAAAGAAAAAUAUCAAAAUUUAUUGUUCACAAAUGAAGAGAAAAAUGUUGCUAAUAUAGAACUACAAAAUAAAAAUAGCGAAUUAUUAAUAAAAAUUAAAGAGUUAGAAGUUGACUUAGAUAAAGAGAGAAAUUUAGCAAAAGAUGUAGAAAUUGAAACUAUGAAAAUUUUUGAAAAAGAAGAAGAACUUUGUAGAGUAAAAGAAGAAUUGGAAUCUCUGAAAAACGUUAUAAGUAAUAACAAAGACGAGUUACAAAAAUCAGUGUCUAAUUUAAGUUCCGAGGUCAAUGACAAAGACAUUUUAUUAAAUACACUUCGCCAACAACUUAAUGAGUGUACUCAAACUAAUGAACGUUUGUUAAAGGAAGUAAAUGAAAAAUUAGAAACAACUACUGAACAUUUAAACAAAAUUAUAGAAGAAAAAAAUAAAAAAAUUGAACAAAGUCAAGAAAUGAUCGAUCAGUUAAAUGAAGGAAUUAAAUCAUUGAAUAUAUUAAAAAAUGAAGAACAUGAUGAAAUUAUUGUUGGUUUAAAAAAUGAAAUUAUCAAGUUGAAGAAUGAUAAUAAAGUUAUGAUAGAAUUAAAAGAUGAAAAUAUGAAAGUUCAACUCGAGAUUUAUGAAAAAAAACUUCAAGAGUUAAAUAAUGAACUUUUAAUUUUAACCAAAACUAAAACUCAAGAAAUUAGCGAACUGCAAAAUAAAGUUAGUGACUUGAUGUCCUCACAAUCUAAAGAUAAAGAGCUGAUUAAUAAAUUAAAAGUACAAGUAAAUGCGACAAUUGAUGACUUAAAGAAACAAAAAAAUGAUAAUAUUGAUUUUUACAAAAAACUGCUAAAAGAUUCUCAUGAAAAACAAACUGAAAUUGCCUCAGAAACCAUAGAACAAUUACAAAACCUGUUUGAUCAAUCAAUAAUGGAUAAAAAUAAAAAAAUCGAAUCAUGUAAUGUAACUUUAUUAUAUGUAAAAGAACAAAUUAUUAAAUCUAAAACUAAAAUUGAAGCAUAUUAUGAAGCUAAAUACAAAGAAAUAGAGGAGCAGUUAAAUAUUUUAAUACAAAACAAAAAUGAAAUUCAGAUUAAAAAUGAACAAUUGGAUGAUAUGAAUAAUAAAUUAAGUAAUGAAUUAAAAUUAACUAUCAAACAUUUAGAAGAAAAAUCAAACUUUGUUGUAGAGUUAGAAAAAAAAUAUAAUGAUUUAGAUUCUCAACAAAGUUUGAACAAAAAUGAACUUGAAAAGGAGCUAUCCUUUAAAAUUAAAAAUUUGAAUGAUGAACUAUCAAAUUUAAAAAAAGAGAAGGAUAUUUUUCAAGAAAGUCAUGAGAAUUAUGUUCGUGAAAUGUCAAAAACGAUACAUAUUAAAAAUGAAGAACUGAAGCAAAAUCAAGACAGAUUAAUAAAUCUGGAAUUUUCUUUAGAUGAGUUAAAAUCAGCAAAACAAAAUGACUUUGAAGCUCAUAAAAACCAAGUUAUGCAAUUAAAAAAUAAAAUUGAUGAUUUAAUUAUUCAAAACUCCAAGUUGGCUUCAAUUGAUGAUCAAGUAAAAGAAUUGACAAAUAAACUUGAACAGACAUUAAUUGAAAAGGAAAAAGAAUCUCUGAGUCACAUAGAAUUAGAAAAAAAAUAUCUCAAUGAAAUUUCAAAUUAUAAGACAUCUAUUACUAAUUUACAAAGUAGUAUUCAAACUUUAGAAUCCAAAUUAACUUUUGAUAACACUAAACUAAAUGAUGAAUUAGUUAUUAAAAAUAAACAACUCGAUAGUAUCAAAUCUGAAAAUUUAAAACUGUUAGACACAUUAAAAAAUUUAGAAUACUCAAAAGAUUCACUUAAAAAAAAAACCGAAUAUAGUAAUACAUUAGAAUCAGAUAUUAAAAAAUUAAACGAAAUAAUUGAACAGAAGAAUAAAACUAUUGAUGAUAUAAGUAUGAAAUUAGAAAAUAUAAAAUUAACCAGUGAAAAAGUCGUAACUGAAUACAAUAACAAAAUAAAUGAAAAAGAUGAAGAAAUUAAAAAAUUAAAUAAUAUCGAAAAUGAACAUUUAGAAUCCGUAAAAGAAAAUUAUGAAUCCCAAAUAAAAUUAAUUUUGACUGAAAAAGAAAGUGAAAAAAAAAAUCUUAUUGAUAAAAUUGUUACUAUUCAAAAAGCAAACGAAAAUCUUGAAAAGCAGUCAGAGCUGAGCAAAUUGCAAAGUAUUGAAAUGGGAAAAUUACAAGAUGUAUUGAAAGAAAAAGCUAAAACAAUUGAAGAUUAUGAAAGAAAAACAAAAGAGUUUGAUUGCUCAAUGGCUAAAUUGACAACAGAUUUAGAUAUCAAACUGAAAGAACGAGAAGAAGAAACAAAAAAACUAUUUUCUCAGGAACUAACUACUGAAAAAGGAAUUUUAGAGAAACAAAACAAAUAUAUUAUAGAAGAAAAAGAAAAAGAAAAUGCAGAUCUUAGACAGAAAUUAAGUCAGCUUGAAUGCAUUAAAAUUAAUCUUGAAGAAAAGGUAGAACAAAUUAAAAUAAAAGAAAUGGAAUUAAAAAAAUUGAGUGAAGAGAAUUUAAAUAAAGAUAAAAUCAUCGAAGAAAAUAUUAAAAAUAUAGAUAAAUUAAAUGAUUUACUGUCUACAACUAAAAUAGAUUUUGAUUCAAUGAUCAAAGAAAAAGAAAAAAUAGUUUAUGAAGUUCUUAAAGAUAAGGAAAAGAUAGAAUUAGAAAUAGAUGAAUUAGAAAAAAAAACUAAAUUAACUGUUGAUGGAAAUAUCAAAGAAAUCUCUGAUUUGAGGAAAAUUUUAAAAGAAUCUUCUGAAAAUGAAGUUGAUAAGGAAUUGAUGAUUAGGUUAGAGUUAGCUAAUGAUGAUAUAGUUAAACAAAGAGAAAUUUCAGCUACUUUAGAAAAAUCAAAUUCCGAAAUGAAAAAUAAAAUUACCCAUUAUUUAAGUGAAAUUAAGAAGUGGGAGGAUGAAAAAAGCAAUUUACAAUGUGAAAUGACAAAAGCUCUUCAAGAUCAACAGGAUAAUUACAAUAAACAAAUUAAUGAUAUUAAAAAUGAGUUUGAACUACUUAAUAAAGAAAAUAUUCUGUGUAAUAAAGAAAUCGAAGACUAUAAGAUGAAAUUUUCAUCUUUACAACAAACCGUUGAUGAAAAUAGUAAAAACUGUGAAAAACAAAUAAACAUGAAGGUCAAUUGGGAAGAGGAGUUAGAUAAUUUAAAGAUGUUACUCGAAAAUGAACGAAAAGAUCGUGAACACUUAGAAUUUCGAAUUCAAGAACUAACUGAUGAAAAUCAUCAUCUUAAUGAACGUAUUGAAACUAGCUUAAAAAAUUCUUCUAAUAUUAAUUUUAUAAAAGAAAAGCAAUCACUUGAAAGAAAAUAUGAAGAAACAUACAGUAUGUUAAAAAUCAAAGAAAAUCAAAUAAUAGUUUUACAAACUGAGCUUAAUUCGUGGAAAUUAAAAGAAGUGGGCAUUAAGAAUGAUCUUUCUCAAGAAAAAUCUGAAACACACCUUAUAGCAGAAAAAAAUGAAGAAAUAAAAAUGCUAAAUUCUAUUAUAUUAGGCCUACACAAAAAGUUAUCUGCUGUUAUGGAAACAGAUGUAUCUGAUUUUGAAAUUGAAAAAAAUCCCAACGGGCUUACCAAAGAAGAGUACCAAAAACUGUAUAAGACGGCUAAAAAUAAUUUCAAGCUAAAAGAAUGUGAAAAUAUGUCAUUACGACAAGAGUUAUCAAAAGUGAAAACUGAAUAUGAUCAUAUAAAUGAAUAUAAAUUAAAAUAUGAUAGCCUACUAGAAGACAAAAAAAAANAUAUAAAUGAAUAUAAAUUAAAAUACGAUAGCCUACUAGAAGACAAAAAAAAACUUCAACAGAUAGUUGUAAACUAUGAAUCAUGUCAUGAUGAUAAUAAUAAAGAAACUGAUAAAUCAGAAACCAUAAAAAUAUUAGAAGAAAAAGAUUGGCAAAUUAAUUUAUUAAAUAACAUUGUAGCUGAUCUCCAUUCAAAAGUAUCAGAUAAUAAAUUUAAAAUAGAAGCAUUGGAGAAGCAAAUUUUAGAAUCUGGAAGUGACCAAAAGAAAAAACCUAAAAUUAGAACAACUCGAUUGUAUUGUGAACAUUGUGAAAUAUUUGAUGCACAUGAUACAGAUGAUUGCCCUAAAAAACCUGAGUCUCCAAAAGUUUAUAGGAAACGAAAAGUAGUUGAUGAGAAAACAAAUAGAAAAGAAGAACCAUUUUGUGUUUGUUGUGACAUGUUUGGGCAUACAGCUGAUGAGUGUGAUAGUUCACUAACAUUUUAAUUUAUCUGGCAAUAUUCAACUAUAUAAUGGAAAUUCUGAUCUGAAUUAUUUGUUUGUAUAAUAUUUUAAUCAAUUUUAACAUGUAGCAGUAACUUAUUUUAUAAACCAAAAAUUAAAACUUGCCUUAAAAAGCUAAAUAAGACUGAUGUUUUUUUGCAUAUGUAUUAUGUAUUUAUUAAAUUAUUUGUAUAAUUUUAAGGCUUGAUGUGAUAUUAUUUCUAAGUAAUAAUUUAUGAUAUAUUACAUUUAUCAAUAAUUUAAUUGUUCUAUUUUAAAAAUUAGUUAUUAAAUA